ACGACAGACAAGAAAAACAGCACCAUCGCGCCAUCGCCAAAUGCAGGAACGGUCAUGUCCAAUCUCGACCGUUCCAACAAGAUCACAUAGCGUUCCCGACCGACCUGGCUUUCAACCUCGAUGAUGCCCGAAGACUCGCUGUUCCCCCAGGAUUGGCACCAGUUCAUCGACGUCCGUUUCGAUGAGCGAGAUCUCCUAGCUGGAGUCAGGGGAAUCUCACAGUUCCUGGACAAAGGGUUCCGCCCGAUCACCAAACACAUACACGUCCUCUUCUUCAUCAUCUUUGAGCGACAUGCUAAAUACCUCUUGGCUGCCGACAUACACGACACCCGAUCAGGAAGACCGGAACCUCUGGUGACCGAGGCGAUCUACACCCUAGCUAGGAUCAGCCUGAACGUGAACCACGCUUCGUCUUUGGCAGACGCCAUACCUUCUGGUCAACGUAUAUCGGAAUUGCUCGACUAUGAUGUGGAUCCGAGAUCCGUAUUCGAGGGGGCCAAGGCGUUCAUGACGGAACGUGUUGAGCCGUUCGGAGGGUCGGUCUGGGGGCUCGUCCUCACACCGACUUCUUCCAAGUCUAAGGAUGAAUACGAGAUCGAAGCGGGUGGAUGGAGGAUCUUGGCGUGGUUGGUCGACCUCUGGUCGAAGGACUCCGAGGAUAGCGAGGAGCACACAGAUGAGGCCGAGUCCGCGGGGUCCGCUAUGUUACGAGCUCAACUAGGACCCACCUUGUCUUUAGCUUUCCCCAUGAUCAUCACGGAGCUGACCUUCCGGUCGGGUGGUUAUGAGUCGGAUCCAACCGAUGGGGCGAUGCGAGGCUGGGUCGUGGGCAGGCUACUUUUCCUAUGUAAAGAUGUGGUCGGUCCCGAGGAACUGUGCUCGAGCUUGGAGGACGUCCUCGGCGAGUUGGACGGCGCCGAGGAGCGUCUCGCUGAUUCGGGUGUCGACCUCACGAAGUUGCUAGGAACGUGAAAUGCGUCCACGCAGAAUACAUGGAACUGUACAUGCAUGGACAGAGGCUAUAUACAUGAUAUCAGAGUUG